CCAGCGAGCACGGCAUCUGAGCAGGAGACCUGGGACUGAUCCUUCUACAGCCCGACGAAGUGAGUAAAUAUAACCGGAUUAAUUUAACGUAGAGUGAUUUAACGUAGAGGUUCACUGGCAAAUACUUUAUUACUUUAAACACCAAUAUUUUGAACCUCGUCCACUUUAAAGUAAAAACACAAUGGUAAACAAACAGAGGAGGACUAUUUGGGAGUUUCUCCCGCGGUCCAGUGGAAAAAAAUUAUCCGACUGGAAACACCCUCUACUAUAUGGUUCCGCAUACUUUUCCGGGUUACUCUGCUCUAAACCGUCCCGUGUGUGUUUAACUAUUUGUUGAGUCAUGUUGUUCCAGAAGAUGCAGAAUACUAAAGUUGACUUUUAAAGCGAAAUUUAAACUUUAGUACAUUUUGAAAUUUCUUGUUUAGACGUCUCGCUGGGCAGACAGUGACUCACCUUUUCCCUUCUCCACCCAGUCGGUCACCUGGGGACAGAAAGGUAAGAGGAAACAUAACGUGAGAAACAGACAUGAUUUUAAUGUUCUUAUUGAACUCUGUUGAGAGAUAUCCUCCAUCUAUCUCUGACUUAUUAGGAAGAAUUAGCCUACCUGUCAUCACCUUCCUCUCUUACCUGGUUGUUCUCUAAGUACACGAUUUGAUGUAAAACUGACGGAUGAGGUGCCUCCUUAAAAUCAAGACUAUCAGGUUUCAUGUGGCAUGAUCAGCUACAAUAAAACAUGACCCUGUGUUUUUUUAAACUGGAACUAAGCAUAUUCAGUUUCGCUUCUGUUUCAUGUUACAUUUAGGCUUCAUUUAUUCAUAACUUAUGCAUUAUUUGCAUUUAUGUAACAAAAUGUUUAUCUAAAUUUAAGAGCGCUAACAUCAUAUGUCAUUGAAAACUGAUAAAGGGAGCUGUUAGGCCUCAUUCAGGACCAUUAGUCUUUGAAUGUCUUGAUUUAUUGGUAUUUCUUUUUCAGGUAAUAAAGAUAAUCUAAAACUAGAGUUACAUAGAGUAGUUAUUUGGCAAAUCAGGCCAUCAGUUAUUAGAUUGAUCCUAUAAAUGUUGAUAUUUUUGAUGUCCGAAGCAGCUGGUGCAGGGUUGGUCAGGUAUGUCAGACAAAUUCACCUCAUUCUGAAAUUCCAUCCAUGCUCAGCUGCUCCUCUGAUGUGACAUGUUAUCAGAAUGAUCGAGGAGCUCAUCUUUGCAAAUUAAAAAGAUAAAGGAGAUUUUGCCUUAACAGAAAAAUUAUCCUAAAUGUUGAGUCAAAAUAAUGUUGUUGUAAAACAACCAUGAGAUAAUGUUUUAGUAACAAGAAAAAUGAGAUAACAGGUCAAAAUACUGAGAUAAAAAGUCAUUAUUAUCAGAUUAGAAUGUCACAAUAAUGCAAUAAAUUUAUCUUAAAUUAAAAUGGUUAGAUAAAUGUUAAAAUCAUUACAUAGAAGUUGUUAUUCUGAAAUAAGAAUCAAUAAGCAUGAGAAAAAAAAGUCAUAAUAACAACAUAAAAAUGAUUAAUGAGAUAAAAGUCAUAACGAUGAGCUAAAAAGUCAAAAAGAUAAAAGUUAUAAUGGUGGGAAAAUUCAUACUGAGUUACAUGUCAAAAUUGUAACAUUUUGUUAUUAUAAAUAUAGGUAUAAUCAUGCAAUAAAGUCAUUAUUUCAAAAUUAAGCUCAGAAUUAUGAGAUGAAUGUCAUAAUGAUGACAUUAUAGCUAACAAUGAGGUUAAAAAGACAGAAUUAUGCAAUACACGUCAAAAUCCUGACAUAGAAGUCUUAUCUGAUAAUUUUGCUCUACCAUUAAGUCAGAUUUUCUUUCUCAUAGCAAUGUAAAGUUUUCCUGAACAUUAUAACUCAAUCUAAUUAGUGCAACAGUCACAUCUUUAAUAUAAGAUAAGAUACACCUUUAUUAGUCCCACAAGGGAAAUUCCCAUUUACAGUUCAUCCUUUCCAAGAAACAUACAAUUGACAGAUGCACACAGGGUGACAGGAACAGGAGAACUGUCGGAUUAUAGUCUGUUUCAUAACCACCCAGAAACUUCUUUCUGGAGCUUAUUGAGGACAAUUACACAGACAUUGUCUUUAAAAGUUGUUGAAAGCAAUAUAGACUCUUAACUCCAUAAUCCACAGUCAAAACUUUGUGUUGUGCUCUCAACCUCCUCAAAUAUUGACCUGUGCUGACAGAAUAAACAGGUUUAUUAAACAGUCUCGCCCAGGGUGUGUCGCUGUGUGGGGUGACAUAUUCAUACAGUGAGAAUGUGGACUAGCUGGUGUUGUUUACCCUGAAUACCUGCUGAUGUUUGAUCCUUGACAGCAUUAAAUGUCUGUCUCUGGGCUGUACUUGGUAAACUAACUCCUCCUCUUCAUAUUUUCAUGACAUGAAAAAUCCUGUUCCAGCUCUCAGUUAUAUUUCCUCCUCUGUUCUGUCAGGCUGCUGACUUGGUGGGCUGUCUGUCUGGGAUUUGGCGGAGCUGCAAACUAAAAGACACCUGAACAUCCAGGUAAAGGAAAAACUCUUUAAUGCCUUUUUAAACUGCAAAUUUAAAACAACUUUUUUUUUCUUUUAGCAGGGUAACUUUUAUUCUUAAAAAAUGUGGACAUCUUUUUGUUCUUGAUUUACUUUGAUUAGCGUUUUUUCUUUUUAAUGUUUUAGUCUGAAUUCACUCUCUGCCUUUGAGCACAAUAUGACCAACUUACACAUCUGAUACAUUCACUCUCAGACGCAGGUGUUAAACCUCACUAACCAGCCCAAAUAGCACCCAUUCAACACACUUUCUACCCUCUUCCUUUGAUUUCCAGACCAUCGCUUUCUCUCACCAUGUCCAACCCAAACGUUCCAGACCACCAUGAGGAGGCCUACGUUUCUCUGAUGAGAGACAUGAGAGAGCUGGACCUCACUGGCUCUAGCAUUCCCUGUGACCUGGUGCUGAUCGGAGACCAUGCCUUUCCUUUAGCAAUGAACAGCCAAGGCCAGGUCCUGAUGGCUGCCUCUCUGUACGGCAAAGGAAGGAUUGUGGUUGUGGGUCAUGAGAGUUACUUGACCAAAUGUCCUGCUCUGGUGGAGAGCGCUCUGGUCUGGCUGAGAGGAGAUGGAUCAAACAACACGUCUGUAGGGAUCAACAAAGAAGUCAAGGAGGUUGCUGAUCAUCUCAACAAAUCCAGCUUUCAGACCAGAGUAGUGGAGGGCUUCGAGAAAAACCUGGGGGUUGGUGUGUACGUGACCAAGGCCUACAAUGUGGACAAAGAAGUGAAGGACCUGGUGGCAUUUCUAAAAAAUGGAGGGGGAGUGCUGAUGGGAGGGCAGGCGUGGCACUGGGCUUCCUCUCACCCAAAGUCCAACACGCUGCUGCAGUUUCCAGGGAAUAAGCUGUCAGGGGUGGCAGGGAUCUACUUUUCUGAGCAUCGCUGUGAGGCAGAGCGCAUACCUGUCCCCCCACAGAUCCCAUCUUCCUGGAUGUCUGUGGUGUGAGUGUUCAUAAGUCAUUUAUUUUGGAGCACAAUCAUUAAAUGUUACACCUCAGCUUUUAUUUUGAAACUUUCACACACACUCUGCCUCCUGGUUAUAAAAGUAUGAUUACAGUGGACAGUCAUUUACAACUCUGAUUCUAUAAGAGUUGUGCUGCUGCGUAAAAUGUUGAUAAAAACAAUAUAUUUGCAGAGUUUUCAAAUCAUUUAAAAUCUAUGUUUAAUUUAAAACAGUGCAUUGACAACGUUUGUUACAUCAUGAUUUCCGUUUCCAUUUAGCUCUUUUUUUAGCAAUACUGUAAACCUUAGUGAACCAGCAGACCAGGUUCUGGAGUCUAGACAGUGAAAUGUUGUCCCAGUCUUGCUUGAUAGAGGAUUUCAGCUGCUCAAUAGUUCAGGGUCUCCUUUGUCUAAUUUUUAGUUUCCUGAUGAUCCAAAUGUUUGCAACAGAUAAGUCAGGACUGCAGUUAGGCCAGUCUAUCAGCAGUACUCUUCUACUACAGAGCCACGCUGUCUUAAUCCCUGUUGUCAGAAUUUGGUUUGUCAUUGUCUUGCUGAAAUAUGAAGGUCUUCCCUGAAAAAGUAAUUGUAGCUGUGAGCUGAAAACAGGCCCUGGUCCUUCUACUCUGCAGAGAGGAGAAUGCAGCAUUCAUGAUCCCAAACAGAAUGUCCGACUUUGAUUGGUCAGCCCACAUAAACAGUUUUCCCUCCCUCUUAGUCAAUCUUCUGUGGGCUCAGAUCCAGAUAAGUCUCUGGGACAUGGUUCAGUACCUCAUUUGUGGAUGCAGUGACAAGAUGUGUUCACAGACAUGAUGCAUUUAGGAAGUCAUUUGAUCCUGAAGAUCAGGACCAUCCAGUCUUGGUUUUGGUCUUUGUCCCUUUAGUACAGAGCAUAGACUGUAUAAAGAAUGGACAGAGUCUGCCUCCUCUCUGGGUGAAGCCACUCCGAGAACAGCACCCUCUGUGGACGGGCUGCAGUAUAGGUCAUGAAUCCCACCUCCACCAGCAAAGCUUAUGGGACUGUGGACAAACUUUAGAAAUUUAUACACAGUACAUACAUUUUUCUCCCCCCUGCUUGUGAUGUUGACAUGUGGUUACUGUAAGACUGGUUUGUGCUCAAGUCCUCUUUUUUCUGUACAGCUCCGUUUUCAAAAGUUAUUAGGGGGUUCAUGUUUUCUAUGAUUGACACCUGAUACAGCCUAUGGGCGUUCAGGGAUUGUGUAGCUCUCCCGGGGGAUACGCUGUUUGAGCCGGGCAUUAUCACAGCGAAAUCCCGAGAGCUUUUUGGCUUCAAAUCUGUAUACAGGUGGUAGGCGGAACCAAGUUGUCCAUAGUAUAUACAGUCUAUGGUACAGAGAUUUCUCCAGAUUCUCAGAAUCUUUUAAUAAUAUAAUUUUCUGUAGAUGAUGAAAUCCACUCAUUCUUUCACAUUUGACACUCAGGAACAUGAUUCUGUAACUGUUCAACUAUUAGCUCACACGGUCUGUCUGUGUAUGUUUCCAAAGUUUUACACCAAGAGAAUAACUGAUGAAUCUUUGUAUUUAUACCUGUGACUGUAUCAACUACAUAAUGGACUCUGUCUUUGAUAACUGGUCUCUACUCACCCUCCCAUGAACAGUAUUGGUAAGGACUUCGAGGACGACCUUGAGUUCCUGUUUGAUGGGGUUCCAGAGCUUGACCUCCAGGGUAAUAGCUUGGCCUCUGAAAUCCUGAUCCACGGUCCACUGGCCUUUCCUAUCGGGACCACAGAGGGUGGACAGGCCUUCAUGGCAGGAGCUUACUACGGGCAAGGACGUGUCAUUGUGACGGCUCAUGAAGGAUUUCUGGGACGAGAGGUAGAGUUUGUGUCCUUGUACAAUACUUUUAAUCUUUAUGCUGUCUGUCUGUGCUGUAUUUGACAGUUCUUACAGCUACUCUUUCAUUUUAAAAACUGGUACCAUUCUGGUUUACGCCUGUACCCAGAAAACCCAGAAGUCUAUGCAUGUAGCGCAAUGCACAUCUCCUCAAAACUGUAACUUCAUGUCCAAACCAAGUAGACCACAAGCCCUGAUCCAUUGGCUGCACAGACACUACAUUGCAAACUAGCAUUUGGCAAGUUUAGCAAAGUGACGCAGAAGUUGGCCAACUCUCUUGCAUGGCAACAGUGGAGGAGGCCCUCAGCUGCUGUCUGGAAUGCACCGAUGUGCCAGAUCUGUAAAAUUAUUAACAAACCACCAACUGUCUCGAAUUUUCUCUCUGUCUGCAGAAGCUGACCAAAUUUUGGAGCAAUGCCAUUCGUUGGUUGGAUGAAGGCCGCCAGGGGGUCGUUGGUAUAGAGCCAAAACUCUCUGGCGAUAUCCUCCGCAAAUCUGGGUUAAAGUUUGAGCAGUCUGGCUUCAAAAAAGACCUGAGUGUGUUUGUGUGUAGACCGAAUACCAACAUUGACAUACUAGACUAUGUGGCAGAAGGGGGAGGCCUGCUGGUGGCCGGACAUGCCUGGUACUGGGCUCAGACGCAUCGUGGGAAAAAUCCAUUAUCAGAUUUUCCAGGUUUGUAAAAGUACUUCAAGUGAGAGGAAGAAAGGAUUUAGAGAAAGACUGAUUUACAGGAUUUACAGGACUAAUUAUGGCUUUCUAGAGAAUUUUUAUGACUAAUGCUGCAGACACUGCAGGCAGCCAUCUUGUCAGUGAGGCAAAUCUGAUCUAAAAUUGAAAGCUCAAAGUGGGCUCUACCUCAGGUACACAGCUUUGGUUUUCAGAUCAGGUGUGUGAUGUCUUUCAGGUAACCAUGUCCUGAACAAAAUGGGCUUGAGCCUGUUGGGUUCAACAGUCAAAGGAGGAAUAUUUAAGACUCCUGAUCCUAGCAAAGCCAAAGACAACUACCACUUCCGCCAGAUGCUUCGCCGUUUUGCCGCUCAUGUAACCAAGGGGGAGAACCUGAGCAAGCAGGAAGAGGGCAACCUGAAAAAGCUUGGCCAAGACUGCUGCGAAUAUUUGCACAUGAACGCUCGAGACUGCUGCUCCUACACCCAGGUGGUUUCCACGCUCACCGACAUCUUCAAGACCUCAGGCUUACCUCAGGUGAGUGAACUAAUAAACUACUUCAGAAUGAUUUGUCUGAAUAAAAGGAAGUGACACUGCCAAUACAAGUUAAAGCAGCAAUAUUACCAUUUUGAUAACACUCAACAUCAUUUUUAUUUAAGGUGUGCGAUAAAUGCCCGUCAAAAGGUGCAAAAGACCACCUGCUCCUCAGUUUGGGGGCUGACGUGUACAAAGCUUGUCCAAAUCCUGAUGCCCUCCUGCCCUACCUUAUCAAGGACAACCCUGUAAUGCCUGUCGUCUAUAACCACAAGGUUUACAUUAAUGUGGACACAGCAGGUAAGCAUUCAUGUUUUUAGAGAUUAGUGAUUCUGAGAAGGGAGGGAAAUUCAGGUGAUUUAAUGCAGUCAUCACUAGAGCUUCAUACAAGUGCACUUUUCUUAUUUAACGCUGUGAUUUAUGUAAUUAUAGGUCUGAAAAUCAGUUUGUGACACUAAUCUAGGAAAGGAAAAAGGCUGAUGUGUGUGACUGUUGGAUGAUUUAUGCGUCUGUGUGUGUUGAAGGAGGGGAGGAGUGGAUCAGCACGGGUCUUUACCUGGCUCCUGGUUUGAAGACCCACAUAGCCGUACCUAAGCAGAUUCUCAACAAAGGAUGGCAGGUACUGUGCGCAGAUUAAUGUAAGGUUUUUGUAUUUCUGCGAAGCACUAUCUGAAUAUGUUCACAGCCUGGUAAAACCAUUGGAAUCGAAAAACUGGGUCCUGAUCAGAACUGUUUUAUCUACUGGCAUCUUUGCCUCUGCACUCCUUAUUAUAUCCAUCUCUCCAGCCUCACAAACUUCCAGAGUAACAGAUGAUCCCUGUCAUCCUCAGGUCCAGAUUGGCUGCCAGACAGACAGGCUCAAGCAUGAAUCGCUGAAGAGAGCUCCUAGAGUUCAUGAGCGGUUUCCUGUUACCUCAGAAAUGAUGCUGGUGCAUAACCUGUGGGGGGGCCUCAUCUACCUGAUCGCCCCUCCCAAAACAAAAGAGGAGGGGCUAGAGGUCACAGUGCAGAUAGCUGUACCUGCACCGUACUACAAGUCAGGUGAGUCUGUGCUGGAUGUUUGCUGAUGAUGGCAGUCUAAGGUUGAGCAGGAUGAGCGAGAGAGAAUAAAAACCACCUCAGACCACUUUGGAUAAAAUAAGUGCAGAGUGAAUCUUUGCUCAGCUCUCAGGUGUUCUUUUCAGGUGUGACUACACCAGCUGAGUGGGCGUUGCUGAAAACAGCUCCUGCACCCUGGGCAGAGCUGGAGUUCGCCAACCUCAUCAUGACGGUACCUUCAGAUGUUAUUCGGGAUCUGGAGCGCCCAGACCUGCUGGCGGUAUUAUGGGAUGACAUCAUGAAAGGCAUUGCUGACCUUGCCGUCAUACCGCACAAAUUUCCACGCAAAGAACGCUAUGUGGCAGACGUGCAGAUUUCCCACGGUAAUUUCACUCUCUGCGCUUUGUCAUGUUUUAAAUCGGAGGUCCAGUUUUGUUUUUUGUUUUUUUAAAAUUUGCUCUACUUCUUCUCCUUCCAGGUUGGAUGCACGCAGGUUAUCCUGUCAUGAUGCACAGGGCCACAGCCGCAGCGCUGGUCAGCGUAGAGCACGCGAAGACUAAAGGCCUCUGGGGCGCCAUCCAUGAACUGGGGCACAACCAGCAGAGGAGGUGCUGGGAGUUCCCAUCGCACACCACAGAGUGUACAUGCAACCUGUGGUCUGUGUAUGUUCAUGAAAAUGUGAUUGGGAUGAGCAAGGAGAAGGUGAUCAUUUUUUAAAAAGAUCUUUUCUUGAAGUGCAUUUCAAUACAGCUGUUAAAGGAAGAUGCAAAUGACAACUAAAAUAUUAUUUCCAUGAUUUUUGACAGUAUAUGACUUUUUAUUGAGAUUUUUAAAGUUUCAAACACAUUUUUUUCAUCCUGUUUAGGCUCAUCAAGCGAUGAUUCCUGAAAAUCGAAACAAACGGGCUGAGGAAUAUGUCAAAGGAGGGCGGAAACUCAGCAGCUGGAGCGUGUGGACGGCCCUGGAGACCUACAUGCAGGUACAAGAGAGUCACUAAAUACUGUGAUAGAAAAAUGAGAUCCAAGCUAAACAAAAAGAAAAGGCUUUAAUUUCUUCUGUUUCAAAUUAGAAAUGAGCUUAUUGUUUUGAAUGAUAAGAAAAUCCUCACAGCCUCCUCUUUGAGAGUAAUGAAUUCAGACCAACCAGUUUGCUGUUCCCUUUCACCUUUGUACCCUCAUACCUGCUUCAUUGGAUCUCUCAAAUUUGUCCAUUUCUCAAAUCGCUACACAUUUCCACUCUGCACAAGGGUCGGCCCUAUUUAUUGCCAUCAAAAAUUCUUCAAGGAGGGUAUAUAUCGAGGCUGGACUGCACUCUCUGAUUGCAUAAAGGAUUGUGCAUCAUUUGCCCUCACCCUCUGCCGCAUAUCAAGCUUGGUUUCACAUGUUAUUAUAAGCAUAUCGUUUUAAUGAUAUUCAAGUGUAUAAGAAAGCACUGCAGCUCUGUGCAGUCUGCUCCAGUUUUGUGUCUGUAAUUGAAGUGAGCUGUCAGCAUCUCCCCAUCCACUGCUCAUUCAACUAUGUUUAAUAGUACAGCCUGUAUGUGGUAGCCUGUACACAGCCUUUAAUGAUUACAGGCGUCACGCACAGAUCUAUUAUUUGUAGUUCAUGCAGAGAUGACUUGUCUUGAUCACUGAAGGGUUUGACAGCAAAGCUGUUUUUUUUUCUCAUAUUUUUCACCUUUUCUUCUGCUCUUUGCAGCUGCAGGAAAAGUUUGGUUGGGAUUCCUUCAAGAAAGUGUUUGCAGCGUACCACAAGAUGAGCGACUGCCCAAAGGGCAACCCAGAAAAGAUGAACCUGUAUGCUGAGACCUUCUCCAACACCGUGCAGAUGAACCUGUGUGGAUUCUUCAAGGCCUGGGGCUGGCCCAUAGAAAAAGCAACAGAGGAGAAACUCUCCAAACUGCCUGCCUGGAAUGACCAUCCCAUGACCAAAUACAACUGAGCUUCAGACUGCCGCUGAUGUGGAGGGUUAGGCUGAUAAUACUAUCCACUUUAGCCUGUCACAGCCCGAAGAAGGUGGGGUGGUGUUUGAAAUGUGAGGCUUGGGGAGAGAUGGGUUCAAAAACUGACAAAUUUCUGAUACUUAGGGGUGAAUUCACAAAAGAUGCAGCACUGCCACUGAUAGACCCACAGAAUUCAGAGUAAUUUGAAAGUCCAGUUGCUAAAGCAUGUUGUACAGUAUAUUCCGGUGUACACUUGCAGAUAAAUGUAUACCACAGACAAGUACAUUUAUUGGACAAAGUCAAUCCAAAACACGCCAAACCUCUUUGCACCCUGCACUUCACUUCACAUCCUAAUUGCGUGCCGUUAACUGACAAAACGUUUUUGGACACACUGAGAUCCACUUUGCACCACAAAAUAGAUUUUUUUCUACCAUACAGAGGUUUCCUUGGUCUUCUGAUGACUGAUUCUAUCGCUAAGCCACAGCCUCUGUGCUUCUGUGCCUCAGACAGUUUGUAGAUUUUCUUUUUGUGUUGCAGCUGAAACUGAAAAUUACAUGAUUCAUUUUUGCCUGUGCAGUUUUAUUGGUGUUUAAAGAUGUGCAGUUUUUUUGUGAAUUCAUUCCCGAGACUUUAAAGACUUAAUAAGUUCACUGACUUUGUUUCCU